AUGGCUUCCAGCACCCUAGACACAUCGUUCUCUCAACAGCCAGUGCUAUCUUCAUCUCCAGAUAAAACCGUCACUCAAGGGUCAGUCGGUACAUUUAACCACUGCCUACCACCUAUCUCGGAAUACGAAUGGGAUUUCGGUUGGGAGGAAAAUACAUUUCCCUUAGCAGAUCCGUACGAGGGAUUCGAGCAGGUUCCAGCCACUGCUGUUGAGUCUAUUGCCCACGACACCACCCUACGCCAGAAACAUGAAGACCUGGCUGAAUUAGGAAAUAAAGUGCAAAAGCUACGACAUGAUAUUUCGGAGCUGCACGACAUGUUCUGUAAACGGCUAGAUAGCAUAGAGAAAAGUAUUGCGGUAGCUGAUAGCUAUGUUAAACAUCUGGUGCCUUGGUCGGUCGAGGUCCACGAAAAGUACUCACAGCUACUAGCAAUAGCUGCAAAGCAAACGGAGUAA